CGUGUCUGAAGACCGGCCAAUCAGCGCGGCCCCUAGGCGGAGCGUCCAGGGGUGCCCCUCGGCGGGAGGCGGACGACUUCCGGCAAUAAUUGGACGCUGCAGCUCGGUGCGGUUAGUGGCUGUCUCGUCUGGAAGGGACCCGCAGUAGAACUAUGCCAUUUCUGGGUCAGGACUGGAGAUCUCCUGGGUGGAGCUGGAUUAAAACUGAGGAUGGAUGGAAAAGGUGUGACUCCUGUAGCCAAGAGCUCAGAGGUGAAAACAGCCAGUGCACCAUCGACCACAGCAUUAUCUUAAAUAGUGGCGAAGAAGAAAUAUUCAAUAAUGAGUGUGAAUAUGCAGCCAAAAAGAGGAAGAAGGAACAUUUUGGGAAUGACACGGCUGCUCACAGUUUUUAUCGUGAAAAAUGGAUCUAUGUCCAUAAAGAAAGCACAAAAGAAAGACAUGGCUACUGCACCCUGGGAGAAGCCUUCAACCGGCUAGAUUUCUCAAGUGCAAUUCAGGACAUCAGAAGGUUCACCUACGUGGUCAAACUGCUGCAGCUAAUUGCGAAGUCCCAGUUAACCUCUCUGAGUGGAGUGGCACAGAAGAACUACUUCAACAUUUUGGAUAAAAUUGUCCAAAAGGUUCUUGAUGACCACCAGAAUCCUCGCCUGAUCAAAGACCUUCUCCAAGACCUGAGCUCCACUCUUUGUAUUCUCGUCAGAGGGGUGGGGAAGUCUGUGUUAGUGGGAAACAUCAACAUCUGGGUUUGCCGCUUAGAGACUGUUCUCAGCUGGCAACAGCAGCUGCAGAAUCUUCAGAUGACUAAGCAGGUAAACACUGGCCUCACACUCAGUGACCUGCCCUUGCACAUGCUGAACAACAUCCUGUACCGUUUCUCAGAUGGCUGGGACAUUGUCACCCUGGGCCAGGUGACUCCAACCCUGUACAUGCUCAGUGAAGAUCGGCGGCUGUGGAAGAAACUGUGUCAGUACCACUUCGCUGAGAAGCAGUUUUGUAGACAUUUGAUCCUUUCAGAAAAAGGUCAUAUCGAAUGGAAGUUGAUGUAUUUUACGCUUCAGAAAUAUUACCCGACUAAAGAGCAGUAUGGAGACACUUUACAUUUCUGUCGGCACUGCAGCAUUCUCUUCUGGAAGGACUACCACCUUGCUUGGUUGUUGAAGGUACUUCCUGUGUGCUGUUCCAGCUUGUGCACUGUCUUUGCCCUGUCAGGACUCAGGACACCCCUGCACUGCGGCUGACCCCGACAGCUGCUUUACACCCGUGUCCCCCGAGCACUUCAUUGACCUCUUCAAGUUCUAAUGACGCCCUCAGCCCUGUGGCCCUGUCCAUACUUGUCCCUUGUGCAUUCCGUGUGUCCCGUAGUUGGUGUAAGUAUUCCUCGAUGUGAGGUGAUGACAGGGUCGGUGACUGGCUGCACCUGUGCGGCCUCACUUCCGGAAGAACCUGACAGGACAUGGAAGGUGCUCUGGCUGUUGUGCAACAUCAGUGAGAGAGAGGAGACCCUGAAGCCAUUUGUACUUCUUUCUUGAAACUCUUCUCAGCUUAUAAAAUUUGCAGUUUUGUACAUUUUUAAAUAUGGAUCAAAAAAGUUUUGGAUUUCAGCCCCACAUUUUGUGCUGAACUGACAUGAGCAAGCAAGAAUAUGCUUUGUAGUUGUCAAACGAUAGUUUUCCAGCUUAGAGUAAUUGGGAUGAAGAACAAAACAGUUGAUCCUUGUAAAUACAUUAUGCAGAAUAUUUAUUUUUCUUAAAAUGUAUUUUCACAACCCCAGCGGCUGUGCCCAGAUGAGUCCUCACUGAAUAUAAGAUUACCCGGGGACAUGUUUGGGGUGCGCUGUCCCGCUACAGAGGGUCAGGCUGGGAACUGUCUGUACUGUCCACAGCUAGCAGCACUGUCUCCGUGUUCCUGGGAACCCCUGCCACGAGGCCAUCAUACAUCCACACUUGUAUACAUCCAUGCCAGAACAGAGCCCCACCAGGGAGCUGGAAACAGCCUAGGCAGGCUGAACUGACAGCGUGUAGAACUUACUUUCCUGGGUAAAGCAAGGAACCAUGUUAUCUACUGAUUCAGUGUCAUCAAAUUUACAUCCAACUGAAUGGUGUCGUCUUUAAAAUAUGAUGUUUUAUUUUAAAAAUAAUGCAUGUGCACUUUAGAAAUUUUUGAAAAUAAAGAUACAUGAAAGUAA